GCGAACAAUACAGUCAGGAUGGCUAAAGGUGACCCCAAGAAGCCCAAGGGCAAGAUGUCUGCUUACGCCUUCUUUGUGCAGACUUGUAGAGAGGAACACAAGAAGAAAAACCCUGAGGUCCCUGUCAACUUUGCAGAAUUUUCCAAGAAGUGCUCCGAGGGGUGGAAGACAAUGUCUGGGAAAGAAAAGUCUGAAUUUGAUGAAAUGGCGAAGGCAGAUAAAGUAUGUUAUGAUCGGGAAAUGAAGGAUUAUGGACCAGCUAAGGGCAGCAAGAAGAAAAAGGACCCCAAUGCCCCUAAAAGACCACCGUCUGGAUUCUUCCUCUUCUGUUCAGAAUUCCGCCCCAAGAUCAAAUCCACAAACCCUGGAAUUUCUAUUGACGAUGUGGCCAAAAAGCUGGGGGAGAUGUGGAAUAACCUGAGCAAUAGUGAAAAGCAGCCGUACAUCACCAAGGCUGCAAAGCUCAAGAAGAAGUAUGAAAAGGAUGUUGCUGACUAUAAAUCUAAAGGAAAGUUCGAUGGUGCAAAGAGUCCUGUGAAAGUUGCCCGGAAAAAGGUGGAAGAGGAGGACGAAGAGGACGAGGAGGAAGAGGGGGAGGAGGAGGAAGAUGAAUAA